AGCAGCCAGCCCCGUGUGCGUACGUCUUUCUCGUCGUCCUCUCGCGCGACUCGGCCUCCCUUGUUCUCCGCCGCCUCUGCGAGUCGGCUCGCAGGCUGGCGGCUGGCCCUGUCUCUCCACACGAAACCCUAGCGACUGGCGACUAGAUCAGGCGGCGGCGCGGCCAAAUCGGCGGCGACAUCGGCGGUUCAGGUUUUCCUGCUCUGUUUUCAUGGCGGCAGCGUCUAGCGACAAUGGCAAGGCUCGCAACGUAGUUGUCAAAUCCGAACCUGCGGAUGGCGUGGAACGUGCCCAGGAUCCGGUUCCCCCAUUUGGUUCGUUUGGAGACGAGGUGGCUGAAGAUGAGCACGGGGACAGCACGGAGUGCUCGAGCUCCUUUGGCGAUUCUGGCUUUGUUUCCGAUGAUGACGCGGAAUCAGAUGCAGGCAUCAUGGAAGUGGAGUCACCCCUUUAUUCUCAGAUCAAGGGACCUGAUGCCCCUGCCGUGUCACAUAGUGUCAGAAAGAAAAAAGUGACAUCCGAUUGGAGGAAGUCUAUUGGCCCAGAAAGGUGGCGCUGUCAAUGGUUGGAGCUGCGUAUGAAUGAACUUUUGUCGCAAGUAGCAAAAUAUGAUAAGGAACUUGCUUUAAUCAAUCAUGAAAAGUAUCUGCAGUUGGAGAUGAUUAAAGCAGAUAGAUGUAAAUCAGAAUUACAGCAAUUAGACCUUCCCAGCUAUGAAACUAUGAAGAGGAGGAAAAGAAAAAGAUAUGAAGAUAGUACAGACACAUCAGCAUACAUCAAGAAGCAUCAAAUAUUUUCCUAUUACAAUCAUGAAAACAAGACGAGUAGAACAGAAAAUGAAAGAAUUGGAGCUGAAAAUGAGCCAUUGGUUAUUGAUGACUUCAAUAACUUAGAUGAUGAGGACAACAAAAGCAGUAUUGGAUCAUAUGAUACAAUGUUAAAGUCAAAGGAAAGUAAUGUUGUCCUAGAACAAUAUACUUUGAGAAAAAGUCUUAUGGCAAUUGAAUGUUUCCAAACUCGAAUCAUUAAUCUUCAACGUGAUCUCAGCGAGGCUUGCAACAAAACAGGCCUUCCUCAAAAGUCUCAGAAAAAGAAGCAUUCACAUGGUUUACAUAAAAAGAAGAAUGUAGUUGCACCAUGUGGUACAACAGAACUAGCUGAAGAUGAUAUUACUCUUGAGAUGCUAUUUGGCGUAAAUAGUUCUCUACUCGAUCCUCAUAUGGAAGGCAUAUGCAAAGAAAGUGUUGAUGAUAUUCUUAUAGACAAUGAGGCUGCUAUUGAAGAAGAUUUUUGGCAGUUUGAGAGGAUUAAGAAGACUGCUGAAACAUAUUCAAAGCCAAUUAUAAAUGUAGCUGAAGCCCCAAUUGUGAAGCUUGUAAAGAAGAGAGGGCCAAAGCCAAAGAAAAAAAGUGGAAACUCUCAGCCUAUAGAUCAUGAAAUAAAAACGUCAAAGAGGAAAAAUAAGGAGACAGGCCUGAACUAUCCAAACACUGGAAAUACUAUGUUUGUUGCUGUGGACACGCGAAAGAGUCAAAGAGUACGAAAACCCGAAAAUUUUUGAAGCAAAUGAGUUCUAGGGUUUGUUGGGAACCAAAAAUUUUCCGUCCUCAAUUUAGUAAAAUCUAGGGGUAUUUUUUUUUUGUUUUUCAAUUUUGAGGCUACAAUGAGCCGAUUGCUAUGUACUCUUUUGUAAUAAAUUUAGCUAGCAAUGGAAAGCUAGUGACAUACUCUCAUUAUAUAUAUGAGUUGGGUUGCUCUGACCUGACCUGACAGCAAGGUUGAUUGGAA